AUGCCAUAUUUUCGAGUCAUAAUAAUCGGGGCCGGGCUGGUCGGGCUGACAGCAGCGCACAUCCUUUACCAGGCCGGUAUCGACUUCGUGGUGCUGGAGAAGCACGAGACUAUUGUCCCGACAGUCGGCUCUGUUAUGACAAUUUGGCCUCAGACUUCCCGUGUGUUCCAGCAGCUAGGCCGCGACGAAGUUCUCAGCCCUCAUUUGGAGUCCUUGCAGUCAAGCAUGGUUAUUUCAGCCGAAGAUGCGCAGCAGCUUGACGACGCUAAUCUUCCCGGUUCGAUGGAGAAAAAUCAUGGCUGGGGCCUUCGCAUCCUGCUCCGCACCCAGUUUGUGGGAGAACUAUACAAUAGUCUCCCGUCGACAGCGAAAUCACGUAUCUACCUUGGCAGACAAGUCGAAGGCGUGUCCAUGGACGAAACUAGUGUCCGAGUUACUUGCAAAGACGGUGUCACAGAAGAGGGGUCUUUACUGAUCGGAGCAGACGAGAUUCGUAGCCAGACCCGCCUGUUGAUGGAAGCUCUGCGACAGCACAAAGCACCUCACGACUUAGACCAGAGAUAUCAGAGACCAUAUAUGUCAACAUAUAGGGUACUUGUCAGCCAGAUUGAGCGGCUACCAGGCGCGUCGAUGAACGUGAAGUGCGACAGUGUCCACUAUGGGGUGACAACGCAGUUUUUACACAGCAGGAAGGUCUCUUGUUUCGCCAUUUAUGAAAAGCUGAAAGUGCCAAGCUCUGAACGGUGUCGGUACACCGAAGCUGACAAGCUUCAGAUGCGACAGCGGUGGAAACAUCUGAUGGUUAUGCCUGGUUACUCAGUAGGCGAUCUGCGAGAAGCGAACCCAGGGAACGUUGGGCUUUAUGACUGUGAGGAGGGAUUGGUGUCGAAGUGGUAUCACAAACGGAUUGUACUGGUUGGCGAUGCCGUGCGGAAGCUUGAUCCACAUACAGGCAUGGGUUACAAUGAGGGUGUGACCGAUCUGGUGGUGCUCAUUAAUGGGAUUCGGCACAUGCUGCACGCAAAUCAGUCGAAUGGGUCGGGAAUUGUUGGGUUGGAGGAGAUCCUAAGCGAGUACGAAAGGCUGAGAUUGAGCAAAAUGGCUAUGGUCAUGAAGGUCUCCCGAACGUUUGCGAGAAUGGCAGGGUGGCUUUCAUGGAAAGACAUGGUGAUGGCCAAGUACGUGCAGCCAUAUCUAGGGCUCAGCCAGCUCUGCGUGACGCAUAUCCUGGGCCCAAUGAUCAGUAAGUCACCGGUAGUAGAUUGGAUACAAGAGCCUCAACUACCACCCUCGGCCAUUGAGUGGACGUAUCGCCCGCUGAGUCACAGAGACGACUAGCUAUUCACAACCGUGAAUAAAUAUACCAAGUAUGACAUGCUCCUAUUCAUGUAUACUCGUUCGCUUAUGAUCGUACACCCCACGGUGUUUGUCUUGCGUCUAAUCUGGACCGCUGCUAUUGACUGGUUCUGGAAGCUCACAACCGGAGCCAGGUCUAGCUCGGCCUGUCCGCAGAUGAUAGAGGUGUUUGGUGCCGGUCGCUGGCAUAAAGUAGACGAGAAGGCCUACAGAUAUGCCACAAUCCCCCACCGCUAAGACAACACGCUGUUUGGGCAGAUAAUUACUGUCGUCGUAAUUGGUCGCGCUGUGAGCGGGGUU